AUGGAGAAACGAGCAGCAUCAGCACCAAAAAGGGUCUUGAAAUUUCUACCAAAAGCUGCUUCUGCCAUCAACUUCCAUAGCCUUCCAUUUAGCCCAGGUAGAGAUAAGAGAUCAGAAAACACACACAAGCACAAAGCCAUUGUCGGCAGAGGAGCUAAUCCUAUCAGGUCGAUGAUCCCAGUUGAAGUUAGAAGACAGCCGACGAAUGAAAGCUUUGAGACCCAAGAAGAACCCACCUCACCAAAGAUCUCGUGUAUGGGCCAAAUCAAGCACAAGAGGAAGAUGAACAAAGCCACUUACAAGCAUAUUUCACCUCCUCAAGAUACAAAGCCUGUGUCACAGGCUCCGAAUCAGGUAAAGAAGCAGGCAUCUAAACUUAAGAGACUCUUUACUGGAUCAAAAGCAGGAAGGAAAUCUAAUGCUUCAGAUGGUGAUAAGCCAACAGUUCCUGAUAGGGCACCUUCAUUAAGUCAAAUGAAAAGGUUUGCAAGUGGUCGUGAUACUUUGGCAAGUUUUGAUUGGACCGGUCAUCAGAUUGCACCAAUGAGAUCUGAUCACAGGGAUUGUUAUUCUGAUGAAGAAAGGGACGAUGGCUUUGGAGAAGAAGACGAAGAUGAUGAAGAGGUUAUUAUUCCUUUCUCGGCACCUAUAAUGGUAGGUGGAGGAGUAGACUUGCUACCGAGGAAAGAAGUUAAUAUUUGGAAGAGAAGAACCAUGAAUCCACCCAGGCCUCUUCAAUUGAGAUCCAAUUUGCUACAAAGGAAAGCAACAUUCCAAUCAAUUUCAAGGACAAUCGUGCUGAACCUGUGCUCUCUAUUGUAUAGAGGAACAAAAACUCUGCCUUCAAAAUAUCCAAAAACAGGGGAAAGGGAUGAGGAAGGACAACGAACUUCGUUUUUGUGGGUUUUAGCUAUGUAA